AUGGAUGAGCCUUCUUUGAAAGGUAUACUAACUUCUGCUAUAGUUGCUAAAGUUUUCAUUAAAAUUUUUAAUAAUUCAGAAUGUCUUCUUACAUGGCCUAAAUUAUUAUUAACUGAUAUGGGUUCAGAGUUUAAAGGAAGCUGUAAAAAACUUAUGAAAGAACAUGGUGUUAAAAUCCAAAAAGCUAGUUCUAAAAGUAGUAUAGGUAUAGUUGAAAGAUUUAAUCAAACUUUAGCUAAAAAAUUAUUUCGUAUUCAAGAUGCACAAGAGUUAUUACUACCUUUACCUAAAAGAUCAAGAGCCUGGGUUAAGAAUCUUCCAAUUAUUAUUAAUAAUCUUAAUAAUUCUGUAACUUGGCUUCUUGGUAUAACCCUUAAUGAAGCUAUUAAAAAGAAAUUUGUAUAUGCUAAAGCUUCUAAACCAAGAUAUGGACCUAUAGGUUAUAAUGAGAUUCGAUUAACAUAUAAUGAUCCUGUUUUAUAUUUACUUAAGCCUAGUGAAUUGAAAGGUGGAAGAAGACAUGCUACUGAUAUAAAUUGGUCUCUUCAGAUUUAUUAUAUUCAUGAAUCUCUAGUACAAAAAAAUCAACCAGUUUUAUAUUGGAUUGAAGAUAUUAAUGAAAAUGGACCAAAACGGUCUUUUGUUAGAGAAGAACUCCAAAUUAUUCAUCCUAAUACUGAAUUACUUCCUUAG